GACAACGCCCGCCACUUUCUAAAUUAUCGUUUCGCCAUAGUUAAUAUAUAUCAACCGUUAAGAAAUUCUCCUACGUACAUUUUUUUUCUAGCAAUUUGUUUCGUGCCGAAGCAAAAAUUUUCAUUUUCCAUUCUGUCCGGAAGAAUUGGCACGAACCAUAUGGCUCGAGCCAUGGCCUUCCUAUGGACCUGUGCCUUGAUCCUGGUUGCAGCUGGUGUUGUUGUUGCAGAGAACAUUGGUGUGAAUUGGGGUGUGAUGUCCUCGCACCCAUUGCAUCCUAGCAUUGUGGUGCGUCUGCUCAAAGACAAUGGCGUGAAAAAGGUUAAGCUUUUCGAUUCAGAUUCUUGGACGGUAGGUUACUUUUCUGGAACUGGCAUUGAGGUCACGCUUGGGAUUCCUAAUGAGCAGCUACAAAACUUGGCCGAUGACCACCGUGCUGCCAAGGAUUGGGUCAAAGAAAAUCUCACCAGCCAUCUUCAUGAUGGGGGUGUCAACAUCAAGUACGUAGCUGUUGGAAAUGAGCCAUUCUUGGGUAGCUACAAUGGUUCAUUUACAAAACAAACAUUCCCAGCAUUGAAAAACAUUCAGAAGGCCCUAAAUGAUGCAGGUGUAGGAAACAAAAUCAAAGCAACAAUACCUCUUAAUGCUGAUGUUUAUCAAUCGGGUUCAAACAAACCAUCCGACGGAGUUUUCCGCGACGACAUAGAGGAUCUGAUGACCCAAAUUGUGCGUUAUUACAACGAAAAUGGAUGCCCAUUUACCGUCAACAUAUAUCCUUUCCUUAGUCUCUACCUAAAUAGUAAUUUCCCUCAAGAUUUUGCAUUCUUUAAUGGAGGUCACCCGAUCAAUGACAAAAAUGUUCAGUAUGACAACGUUUUUGACGCAAACUAUGACACUCUUGUUCGGGCAUUGAAAAAGGUCGGCGUCCCAGAUCUGAAGAUCAUCGUUGGGGAAGUUGGAUGGCCAACAGAUGGCCACAAAACAGCAACCAAGGACAAUGCUAAGAAGUUUUAUGAUGGUCUCUUCAAAAAAUUAGCCAGUAACAAGGGAACCCCACUUCGUCCUGGGAAAAUGGAAGUCUACUUAUUCGGUUUGUUUGAUGAGGAUAUGAAGAGUAUUGAACCAGGUUAUUUCGAGAGGCAUUGGGGGAUUUUUUACUUUGAUGGGAAACCCAAAUUCCCAAUGGACUUUUCUGGCGGUGGAAAUGACAAGGCAUUAGUGGCUGCUAAGGGGGUACAAUACUUGCCUAACCAAUGGUGCGUUUAUGAAAAGGAUGCCAUGGACCAGGAAGUGUUGCCUAACCAGAUGAGUUGGGCAUGCAGCCAUGCCGAUUGCUCAUGCUUGCAGGAAGGUGCAUCCUGUUACAAUCUGGACAAUACGCGUAGGAUCUCGUAUGCUUUUAACAGUUACUACCAAACCAAUGACCAAGAUGUUGAAGCCUGUAAAUUCGAGGGUUUAGCCAAGAUCGUAACGGUAGAUCCAUCAACACAGAAUUGCAAAUUCCCAAUUCAAAUAGUGAGUGGCGGAGAGAAGAGGCUGAGUUUUGCAUAUAUAGCAAUUGCUGCCCUCGUUUCAUUAAUGAGCUUGUUCAUAUUGGUGUAAGAUUGAGAAUCAAACUAUAAAUCAUAUAACGAGAGAGUUUGGAAUGUAGAAUAUUGUUAGUGCAAUUCCCUUUCUAACCUUUUUUAAUUAAUUUA